GGUCAACUAUAUGCUAUCAUUCUUAAGAACCUCUAGUCGUGGGAGUCGGUUCGCAAUACGACGCGCUUCUGCAGCGGCAUCUGAUAGCUACUUUGAUCCGAAUAGUGAUCCAAAUAACCCAAAGAAUCUCUCACUUGCAGAAAUUAAGCAGGCUUACGAGAGAAUCAAGGAUGGAAUUCUGCAUACAGAGUGCAAGAAAUCGGAAUAUUUUUCAAAGCUAACGGACAGCGAAGUUUACCUCAAGAAGGAAAACAAACAGCGGACUGGCAGCUUUAAAGAACGAGGAGCACGAAAUGCGCUAAUGCGCUUAGCAGAGCAGCAACAGAAGAAAGAGGUUUUUAUUGGCUCCAACAGGAAUUAUGCAACCGCUAUGGCUUGCCAUGGUAAACAGCUUGGUAUACCAAUUACGUGUGUACUGCCACGCUUCAUACCACUGUCGACAAUUUCACUUUGCAAGGAUUUUGGAGCUAAAGUUGUGGUGCAGGGGAUAAACAACACGGAAUCAAGAAAAGUUGCGUUUGAACUUGCUCAGAAAAGUGGUGGAGAGUUCAUUGAUGGACAUGAUCACAUUGAUAUCAUAGCCGGAGCUGGCACCAUUGCACUAGAGAUUCUUGAAGACGUCAAAGACGUCGAUGUUAUUGUCGUUCCUGUAGCCGGUGGAGGUCUCUUGGCUGGAAUCACAGCAGCAGUGAGAGAGCUAUCUCCUAAAACGCGUGUUGUAGGUGUGGAGUCGAAAGCCUCUCAUUGUUUUAGCGAGGCCCUCAAAAAUGGAAAACCAGUCAAUGUACGGACACGAACAUCACUAUCUCCUUCACUUGCAAUGUCAAGAUUUGGCUACAAUUCUUUCAAUAUCAUUAAAGGAACUCCCACUGAAGUUGCCAAAAUCAAGGAAAUGGAUCUAGCUCGAGCCAUUCUGAUAAUGCUCGAAAAUCAUAAGUUUGCGGUUGAAGGAGCAGGAGCACUAGCGCCAGCCGCGGUGAUGACUGGUCAAGUUGAAGACAUUCAAGGAAAAAAGGUGGUGUGUGUCAUAAGCGGUGGUAAUGUGGAUAGCACAAUGUUGGGACAGAGCAUAGAUAAAGGUCUAAUUGCGGAUGAUCGUCUUGCGCUGGUCGAAGUAUUUUUGCCUGAUCGACCAGGUGGUCUCUGCGAGCUGCUCGAGCUCACUUCAAGUACCGGUGCUAAAACCAAGCAUAUCUAUAUGGAGCACGUUUUCCACAAAUUUGAUAUAUUCACUGUCAAAAUGAAGCUCGAAGUUGUGACUAGUGGAAUGCAGCAUUCUGAAGAAUUGAGAAAGAUUCUUGAACAAAGAUAUGGAGACGAUCUUUCUUUCCAUAUGAGGAAAAUGCGUGCAGUAUGAGUUCGUUGGUGGUCCGUGUUAUGUACAUAAAACGUUCGAACGACUUUUCGUCACAUAAUAAAGUGACUUUUCAAACUAUAUUUGGCC